AUGGAAACGCCAGAAGUACCAAAAGAUGCGCUGCAGCUUGGCGCUCUCGCCGCGCAAAAUGCUACUGUUUCAAGAACACUAUACUCACACGCUCAAGCAACCAACACAAAGCGACAGAAACUAGACGACGCGUCUGAAGAUCCCAUCAUGAAACGUCGGUUUCGCAACGAAUACGCCGAUGUCGAGACUCUACCGCCCUCAAUCACUGCGAAACUUCCGACUAAACAACCUGGAAAGAAGACUAAAGCUGGAGCGCUGGUUCGGCCGGCCAUGAAGCUCCUCGAGGGCGCGCCCGGUUCAGGCAAGGCGUCUGCAUCCGCAGCUAGGAACGAAAGCACACCACAGAACAUGUCCCUUACGACACGGGGAACCCAGAACAUGAUGCAACAAAAGCCCGAAUGGCACGCGCCAUGGAAGUUGAUGAGAGUCAUAUCAGGACAUUUGGGUUGGGUUCGUAGUCUGGCUGUCGAGCCUGGAAAUAAGUGGUUCGCCAGUGGUGCUGGCGACCGAACUAUCAAGAUUUGGGAUUUGGCGAGCGGCUCGUUGAAAUUGACACUUACUGGACACAUCAGCACAGUACGUGGUCUUGCUGUGUCCCCCCGUCACCCCUAUCUCUUCUCUUGCGGUGAAGAUAAGAUGGUCAAAUGUUGGGAUCUCGAGACGAACAAGGUUAUUCGCCACUACCACGGCCAUCUGAGUGGUGUUUACACACUGGCUCUGCAUCCUACACUUGAUGUCCUUGUCACUGGCGGUCGAGAUGGUGUUGCUCGUGUUUGGGAUAUGCGAACCAGGAGCAACAUCCAUGUCCUAUCAGGCCACACUCAGACUGUCUCCGAUCUUGUUUGUCAAGAGGCGGAUCCUCAAGUUAUUACCGGAUCGCUGGACUCAACAGUACGACUUUGGGAUCUUGCGGCCGGAAAGACCAUGGGCGUGCUCACCCACCACAAGAAGGGUGUUCGAGCCCUGGCUACCCAUCCCUCAGAGUUUACAUUUGCCAGUGGCAGUACCGGAAGUGUGAAGCAAUGGAAGUGCCCUGAAGGAGCCUUCAUGCAAAACUUUGAGGGUCACAAUUCCAUCAUUAACACCAUGAGCGUCAAUGAGCAGAAUGUCUUUUUCACAGGAGGAGAUAAUGGAUCCAUGAGCUUCUGGGACUGGAAGACUGGACAUCGAUUCCAGUCUCUCGAUACCACAGCCCAGCCUGGUUCUUUAGACGCCGAGGCAGGCAUUAUGAGUUCAACGUUUGACCGCUCUGGACUACGUCUGAUCUGUGGUGAAGCUGACAAAACAAUUAAAAUCUGGAAGCAGGAUGAGACAGCGACAGAAGAGUCGCAUCCUCUCGAAUGGAAGCCAACUCUGGCCCGGAGGAAAUUUUAA